GUGAAAGUUACUCUAAAUCAGAAUUAGAAGAAGCUUUAUUAGGAGUUACAAAAGUGGCUGUUGAGAAUGGUUAUAUUGAACCCUUAGCAUGGUUUGGGCCGAGAAGGAGGGAACCUAAAUUAUGUUGGAUACCAGAAAUAGAUGAAGAUGGUUCAACUAAUUUAAAAGAAAACGACCAUUUUAAUUUUGGUGACUUAGAAUCGAUACCAGUUCUAGAAACAUUAGAUGGUAAUCGUUUUUUGCUUUCUAAUCAACGUGAACUUGCAGAAACGCUUAAAUUAAUAAAAGAAGGCGACGUUUUAGUAAUACCUAAUGAAGAGAAGUGGAAAAAUAGCGGGAAAUUUGCUAUCUUGGUGCCAAGUCAAGAUAAUAUUAAUUGCCCUAUUCAUAUAGUUAAAAUAGGAUUUAAAGCAAAGGAAACUAAAAGUAAAGAAUUAGUGAUUGAUAUGACUAACAAAAAAAUAAUUGAACCGGACAACAGAAUGGAAGAAGUUUCAAAUAUAAUGAAGAGCAUUAGUCCUACAAGUCAGUCCGGACAAGAACUAAAAGAGAAAAUGGAAAAGAUUCUGGAAAUUCAAAAGCAAUUAACAAGGUUAUCUGCUAUGGAAAGUGACUGGGAAAGUAUCUUCAUUAUUCAAAAUGCUCUAGAAGAAACUAAAAAAGAAGCACUUGAAUACAUAAGUGAUAAUGGUAAAUCAUGGCUUUUGCAAACGAUAGAAACUUUUUGUCAAUUACAAGAUAAAACAACAAGGUUUCAACUUCAGUUUGAACAAAAAUCGACAAUGAAAGUUAAAGUACGGCAAUCGAAAUUAGUCAAAAGAGAUAAAUCCGAAAUCAUUACUAAUAACUUAACUCCUUCUAAUUUAGAUAAUAAAAGCAAAAAUCUCAAUAGUUACAUUUCUUUCUCGCAAUCACAAGAAAGGCUUCGAAAUGAGUUGGAACGAGAAAUAGCCAAACGAAUUAUAGAUAAACAGGGGAAAGUAAAUCAAGAGGAAGUAGCCAAAAUAAUAAGAUAUCUAGAAG